UUUUCAACGCUAUUCUUUUCUCUUCUUGAGAGUCUCGAUGGUAGACCAAUGUGUGCUCGCGAGGUUUGAGCAUAUGCGAGUUCUGCGAUCGGAAAGAUGGCAGCGCUCUUUGAGGGGUCCACGCUUUGCGCACUUAGUGUAGCGCAAAACUGCACAGAAUCUGGGAUAGAAGGGAUCGAAUUGAAAGGGGAUGAUGAUCAUGUCGUUGUUACGGACUCGACCAGAUCUAUUACAGUAUACAAGGUCUCGGACCAGAAGCCCUUGGGUAGCUGGACAGUGAAGCAGGGCCAAAGAAUAACUUGUCCCGCCGUUUAUAACUCCAAAACAAGAGAGUACGUGGUGGUGACAGAUGAUAAGGUUAUAAGAGUUUGGAAAGAUGAUGACAUCAGUCUUGACAAAGCAUUUAAAGCUACUGUGUCCUCUGACGUUUGGAGGGUCCACUCGGCCCCUGACCAAGAGCCAGUGGUUCUCUUCCGCAGAGGUGCCGUCCAACUCCUGGACUCGCUGUUGGCUGAGCCUCAGCAGGACGUGGAAAACAUUCUCUCAGAGGAAGAGGUCAUCAGGUGGAGCACCCUCGUCACUUCAGGAAAACAACAAUGGAUUCUCUAUAUCACAGAACAUAAAGGGGAACACUGCCUGCAUGUGCAGAGUCUCGGGAACAUGUCCAGAGUGGCGUACCGGCUGGAGGGCACGGGCUCCACUUCCCUCAGCUAUUCGGUGUCACCGCGCAGCGGCAAUCUGCACAUACUCAGUCUAUACCCGGAUGGCUGUGUGUAUGAGAGUAUAGUGCCCAUGCGAUUGCCAGAGGGCGUGGAGGGCAAGGUGCUACCGCUGCCCAGGACCCUGCUCCUGAUGCUGCCGCUGGGGGAGGGGGAGCUGGCAUCAGCCUCCGCUGUGCCCCUGGACUCAGCCCACGUGGCAGUGGUGGGGGUCCCGCAUCCGUCAGCAGGGGCAGGGAAAGAUUACCUGUGCAUUUGGAACACCAACUUCCAGACACUGCAAGCUGGGAAGGAAAUGGCUGGGAGAAUAUAUGGCCAGUUGUGGUGUUACUGCGGGAAGCUUUAUGUUCCUCACGGAAAGGCUUUGUCUGUAAUCCCCUUUGAGUGUCAGAAAUCCUCUCUGGCUGCUGCUAUGGGAAAACUCAAACAACCUGGAGGCUGCGAGUUGAACCCUCCGGUGCCCGUGGCAUCAUGGGGUGCGGUGACGCAGGAGCAAACAUCUGCGAGUGCGGUGGAGACACGGAAGAAUAGGUUGACUCGCAAAAGCCAGGGGGCCUCUGCCAUCGCUGUUGACCAGUUAAUAGAGCUAAUCAAGACCGGCUCGGAGGACCAGGUCCACAAGGCAAUGACGUCCUUCCUCUCUAAGUCAGACCUCCCAGGUCUCCAGCUGGCUGUGGGGAACCUGGCCUCUGCCUUAGUAACCCGGAGCCUGGAGGAACCCUCCUUCUACCCACACAAGGUCCUGGUGCAGCUGGUGCACACCAAGUGUCUCUGCCACAGUGUGUGUCCUGACCUCCUGAAGCUGGCUCUGGAGAAGAAGGACUCGGCCCUGUGUCAGUUCUGUCUACAGGUCUUUCCAGACAUACCUGAGGCCAUCACCUGCGCCUGCCUCAAAGCCUUCCUCAGCACUCCAGACAGUGAGCUGGAGACGGUUACUCUGGAGACGGACAGCGUGGCGUACAUGGAGGGCCUGAGUGCCGUGACUGUGCAGGAGAAGGAGGAGAAUGAGACCCAACAGAACGGCUUCAGCACACCGGCAGCAGCAGAGGAGAACAGCUCUGAAGCCCAGCACCCUCUCCACCAGAAACCAAAGCUAGCCAGCUCCAUGUCCCUGGACAUGACGAGGCCCGUCGGACUACACAAAGCAGUAUUACUAAAUGAAAUCUUACAGACGCCGUACAGUGACAGCUUCCUGUUGCCUCAUCUCAAAGACCUCUCUGCACCACAGGUUAUACUUUUCCUCCAGUACCUCCAGUUCUUAUAUGUGAAGUAUUAUCAAGAGAUCAACACACAGGUUCCUGCUUUGAGGUCACCAACAAUGACACAGAUCAUAGACUGGGUCUGUAUGCUUGUGGAUGCUCACUUCACUGUCUUGGUCAUGGCUCCAGAAGCGAAGGAAUUGCUAGCAGGCCUUCACAGCUUCGUGAAAGCACAGAUGAGGUUAUUUACCGGUCUGGGGAAAAUCGAGGGCAGCCUUCACGCACUGAAGAAAGCCAAGCCGUCAAAGGACAACAGCCAGUACUCUAUUGAAGUGAUUGAGCUGUUUUAAACCAACUGUAUAGACUCUUUUAAACAAAUAUGGCUUCUCUCCUCACUUUUGCAAUAAAUGACCUGAGCUUUGUGUUUUCUAAAACAGUUGAUUAGACAUUUCUACAUGGCUAUAAUGUGUAUUUAUAUAAGUUACAACAUGAAUUGGAAAUGUAAAAUGUAUUGCAAAUUAAAGCCGUAAUUAUAGUGUAUACUACCAGA